AAGGAGAAAAAAAAAAGAAAAAGGAGAAAAAAAAAGUCAACUGUUGUGAGCCGAAAUCAAAUACCGACAAAUAAUUUUCAACGUUUGCACACUUAAUCAGCUGCUGCCUAGUCAUUGGGAAACACAACUUGUAUACUACUUUGAUUAGAAUCAACUCUUUGACCGGUGGAGUUCUAUGCGAUUUAGAUUGAAGGAUGAUGGGUGGGUAAGAGUUGAAAAUUUUAGUGGUUCCUUUUUUUGGUUUUUCUUUCCAAAAAAAAAAAAAAUGAAUUCCACAUUAGUGUAUCCAGGCCAUCCUGACCUACACGAAAUCUAUCAGGGAAAGUAUGAUGAGAAAUGCUCAAAUCAUGAUUUUGUGACUUACAUGCCUGGAUCUGGAAAUUACCAUGAAUUCUCCCGGCCGCAGAUGAAGCCUGGUCAGUUGAAAGCUUUCUGGUCAGAAGUUUCAGAGCAAACUCCUACAAAUCCUGAUCAGACCAAUAUUCCAGAAAGAGUUUCAAUUCAAGACAGAAUAAAGUCUUUGCUUGCCUCGGUAGAGUUUUCGAGCGAUGAUAUCUUGGUACAGUUUUGGACACCCAUAACAACUAGAAAUGGGGAUGUAAUGCUGAGUGCAUCAGAACAGCCUUUUGGUGUUGGUGAACUUUACAAUGGACUUUGUAGAUAUAGGUAUUGUUGCAUUAAUCAAGGAAACAAAACCCAAGAUGAUGCUCAACUUGGUCCUAUCGGCCGGGUGUUCAGACAGGGAUCCCCUGAAUAUUGUCCAAACAUCGAGUGUUACUCCGCGGAGGAGUUUCCACUCAGGGAUUAUGCUUUGUACUGCGGUAUCUUGCAAUAUUGGGCGUUACCGCUUUUCAUGACUAUUCGCGACGUCCAGCAGCAGAAGCAACAACAAUGUGUUGGAGUGCUUGAGUGUGUAUCAUUCAGAACCGGAGUUCCUUUUGUAAACCAAUUUUACAUGGUCCUCCCUGCAGCACUUAAGGGAUUAGAUAUUGAAUGUCCAAGUUCACAUUUCCACAAAUGCAAAGAAAUUCGUCGAAAUGUUCAACAAUCAACAGUGGACUUUUAUGAUGUGCUGUGGUUUGUGAGGAAAGAACACCGACUUCCUCUUAUCCAGGUUUGGGUACCCUGCAUGUGUAGCAGUAGUCCUAAUAAUGAGUCUUUUGUUGAUGAAUGUGAUGAUAGUAGUUGCAGUCCCUCGAAUGUUGCGAGUAGGAAGGCUACUCAAUUGUUUUGUGAAUUCACGUGUUUAGACCGGGAGAUGAAAUACUUUGGGGAGUUUACUGAACUCAAUUAUGAAUCUGAAGCGUAUGCGGUAAAUGAUUGGAAAGGUUUGGUUGGAAGAGCAUAUUCAGGACAAAAGUCAUGCUUUGUGAGAGAUGUAAGUAAACUCUGUAUCUCAGAUUACCCUCUCCUUCAUUUGACACGAGCAUCGGGUCUUGCUGCUUGUUUUGCUGUUCCCUUGCAAUUAGUCCAUCCCAAGCUUCAGUCUUUGGUAUUGGAAGUCUUUCUGCCACCUAAAUGGGAUGGUGAUGGUAAUGUAGAGGCUCUAAUGAAAUCAAUAUUGUUCUCGUUGUCGAAGAAACUUUCUGAGCUUAAUGUAGAUUUAGGCUUGGAAAAACUUCAGGAAUUCGAAGUCAAAUUCUCUCACAAAGAUGAUGAAAAUUUUAUUUAUUUUGAUGUAUGUCAAAGUGGCAGUACUUUGAUUAGUCCUGAAUUACCUUUCUCAUCGUCCCUUGAACUAUCAACCUUAGAAGCUGGUAAUGAUCAUCCAAGUACACAGAAUACACAAGAAAUCUCCUUCGAGAUAAUCAAGCAACAUUUUGGCAGAAAUCUUGCAGAUGCUGCACACAAACUCGGAGGUUUUGUUUGAUAUUCAAAACAUCCUUUUUAAUUAAGUUUCCUUCUCUUAUAUAUGCAUUCAACUCAUCUUUAUGCUUAAUGUAUUGUGCCAUGGCUGUUGUUUUGUCACUUUUCUUGCAGUAAGUCGAUCUACUCUGAAACGCAAAUGUCGUGUUUUUGGCAUCACAAAAUGGCCAUCGCAUAAGAGAUAUCAAGCCCUCCAACACAAUCAACCAUGUCCAAUACUCCCAACAACUGACGGUGAUAGCGAAGUUAUCCAAGAAUCAGCAGAGAUUGGAAGGUGUCCAAAUAAUUAUGUAAGGGAGAAAGAGGCAUUAAGUACUGAUGAAACCAGAAGUAACAUAGUUAUCAAGGCAACAUGUAGAGACGACAUAGUGAAGUUCCCUUUCUGUGAUACCUCGGGGAGUGAAGAGUUGCGAGCUGCAUUGGCUAAAAGGUUCAGAUUAGAGAUUGAGAACUUCAAAGUGAAGUACGAGGAUGAAGAUGGUUGGAUUCUGAUUUCUUGUGAUGAAGAUUUACGCUUUCGCCUGGAUAAUUUGGAAUCAUUAGGACAGAAUUCGUUGAAUCUGUUAGUUUUACCAGUAAGUUAAACACUUUGUAACUAUCAAUACUAACCAUAUAUAGCAUCAAUGUCAUGUUAAUUGUUAUAUGGCUCUUGAUAAAGAUCCUGGAUUCAGAAAACAGAGUUUUCUCCAGUAAAAAGUGAUAUUCCGGUAUCCUGAAAUCGAAGUAUAACACAUGGACAGUCCAUGUCUCCAUGAGUUUUGCAAAUUGUUUGAACACAUCUUAUGAUUCCUAGUGUCCGGGUAUUACAAAUGUAACCCAACAAAAUAAAAUCUAAGCAUUAUUAGCUAGGAGCCAAUUGUAGAUUUUAGCCACGUUUUAAUAAAAAAAUUCCAAAUAUUGUG